AUGGGGAGCCCUGAGGAUGACCUGAUCGGGAUUCCAUUCCCAGACCACAGCAGUGAGCUCCUGAGCUGCCUCAAUGAGCAGCGCCAGCUGGGCCACCUCUGUGACCUCACCAUCCGGACGCAGGGCCUGGAGUACCGCACCCACCGGGCUGUGCUGGCUGCCUGCAGCCACUACUUCAAGAAGCUCUUCACCGAGGGUGGUGGGGGCGCGCUCUCGGGCACUGGGGGCAGUGGGACAGCUGCCGGGGGUGCAGGGGCCGGCGUGUGUGAGUUGGACUUUGUGGGGCCGGAGGCACUGGGUGCCCUGCUCGAGUUUGCCUACACAGCCACCCUGACCACCAGCAGCGCCAACAUGCCGGCAGUGCUGCAGGCCGCACGGCUGCUGGAGAUCCCCUGCGUCAUCGCGGCCUGCAUGGAGAUUCUGCAGGGCAGCGGACUAGAGGCGCCCAGCCCGGACGAGGACGACUGUGAGCGCGCGCGGCAGUACCUGGAAGCCUUCGCCUGUACAGCCACCGCCUCAGCUUCGGGAGUCCCCAACGGAGAUGACAGCCCUCCACAGGCACCCCUCCCGCCGCCGCCGCCACCGCCGCCUCGGCCUGUUGCCCGCCGCAGCCGCAAGCCCCGCAAAGCUUUCCUGCAGACCAAGGGGGCCCGGGCCAACCACCUGGUGCCCGACGUGCCCACCCAGCCCUUAACCUACGAGGAGGAGGAGGAGGCGGGCAGAGUGGGCAGCAGCGGGGGCAGCGGGCUGGGGGACAGCUACAGCCCUCCCACAGGGACUGCCUCACCCCCCGAGAGGCCCCUGAGCUACGAGGCCUAUGAGGGUGAGGAAGAAGAGGAGGAGCUGGUGUACCCCCCGCCCUACGGGCUGGCACAGGGCGGCGGGCCCCCGCUGUCCCCAGAGGAGCUGGGCUCAGACGAGGAUGCCAUCGAUCCUGACCUGAUGGCCUACCUCAGCUCCCUGCACCAGGACACCCUGCCAGCGGGCCUGGACAGCCAGGACAAGCUGGUGCGCAAACGCCGCUCCCAGAUGCCCCAGGAGUGCCCCGUCUGCCACAAGAUCAUCCACGGGGCGGGCAAACUGCCACGCCACAUGAGGACCCAUACGGGUGAGAAGCCCUUCGCCUGUGAAGUCUGCGGCGUCCGUUUCACCCGGAAUGACAAGCUGAAGAUCCACAUGCGGAAGCACACCGGAGAGCGCCCCUAUUCGUGCUCGCACUGCCCGGCCCGCUUCCUGCACAGCUACGACCUCAAGAACCACAUGCACCUGCACACAGGGGACCGGCCCUACGAGUGCCACCUGUGCCACAAGGCUUUCGCCAAGGAGGACCACCUGCAGCGCCACCUCAAGGGCCAGAACUGCCUGGAGGUGCGCACCCGGCGGCGCCGCAAGGACGAUGCGCCCCCUCACUACCCCCCGCCCUCCGCCGCCACCUCGUCCCCUGCCGGCCUCGACCUCUCCAACGGCCACUUGGACACCUUCCGCCUGUCUCUGGCUCGAUUCUGGGAGACAUCCGCCCCUACCGGGCCCCCAGACUCCACCCCAGGGCCCCCUGAUGACGAGGAGGAGGAGGGGGCACCCACCACACCUCAGGCUGAAGGUGCCAUGGACACCGCUUAA